AUGGCCGCUGUCGCUCCCGUUAACCCGCGCCCGUUCCUGCAGGACCUGACUGGCAAGACUGUGUCGGUCAAGUUGAAGUGGGGCCUCGAGUACCGCGGCUUCCUUGUCUCGACGGACGGGUACUUCAACCUCCAGUUGACAGGUACUGAGGAGAUCGAGGACGGCAAGAGCAACGGGCAGCUCGGCGAGGUGUUCAUCCGCUGCAACAACGUGCUGUACAUCCGUGAAGCGAAGGAUUAG